AUGCUGGUCUCCUUUAACCCUGGGUCACUCCUCCUCCUCCUCUUCUUCCCCCUCCUCCUCCUGGCUCAGGCCUCAUCUGUGCAAUGGGUGACCCUCCGCGGAGCCCCCCUCUCUCACCUGAUGUUGGAUGCAGAGACGGGGCUUCUGUAUGUAGGUGGAGUGGACCACCUUUACCAGCUGAGCUCAAACCUGGAGCUUAUGUCCCACGUGAAGACCGGACCUCAUCUAGACUCUCCCAACUGCCUGCCCCCCAUCACACCCAAAGACUGCCCCUCAGCCCGGCCGACACACAACCACAACAAGCUGCUGCUGCUAGAGCGGGAUGAUAGGACGGUACAAGGCAGCGUGAUUGUUUGCGGAUCGUUGUACCAGGGCAUCUGUGAAAAGAGGAGUCUGUCCAACAUGUCACAGCUGUUGUACCAGUCCACUAACCCGGUGGACACGCAAUUCGUCGCUGCUAAUGACCCCCACGUCUCCACAGUGGGCAUUGUGCUUUCCACUACAAGCGUAGCCGGCGAAGAGCGGCUGCGGUUCAUGUUGGUGGGACGGGGUUUCACCGGGAUGGGUCUCGGCGACAUCCCGCCCAUAACGGCACGCCGACUUCACCCGGCAGUCCUUUCUCAGCGGGUCUUCGCUCAGGAGGAUGAGCUGGGCAAGCUGAUCAUCGGGAGCUACUCCGAAUACGACGUCCAUUUUGUCAAGGUGGUCACCCUCAACAACCACGUCUACUUCCUGUUCUCGAGGCGAGACGUGCGCUACAAGAUGGAAUACCGCACCUACAUCUCCCGCCUCUGCGUCUCCGAUCGCAACUUCUACUCAUACGUGGAGGUGCCUCUGCUCUGCCAUGGUGGUUACAACCUGGCUCGGGGGGCGUGGCUAGGGGUGCACUCAGGGAAGCCCGCACUCUUCAUCAUCAUGGCGGCUGGGUGGACAUCCACUUCCAUGGCCAAGGAUAUAUCUGCGCUGUGCGUGUUCGGGAUGGCGGAGCUGGACGCCAUGAUGGAGCGGGCGCGGGAAUCAUGUUACACCAAAGGAGGCCGUGAUGUUAAAGGGCAGGAGGAUGCUUACGUGGUGUACUCGCUCUCGUCAACCUGUCUCACUCUCCCCCAGGUGUCCGUCUCUGAGUAUCCAUGUGGGUGGGAGCACACGCCGAGCCCCAUUGGCAGCGUAGAGCCCGUCAUGGCAACGCCUACUUUCACUGCCACUACCCAGCUGACCGCGGUCGCCACAACAACAGAGGCUGGACACACAGUGGCCUUUGUGGGCGACCGUGAGGGACGUCUGCACAAGGUGCUUGUUUGGGCCAACGGUUCUGGCGAAGUGUAUGGAAGCGUGCUUGUAGACGGCGGCAGUGCUGUCAAUGCUGACCUCCUACUGGACUCCAACCAGCAAAACCUUUUCGUCCUAACCAAUAGCAGGGUGUCAAAGGUUGCCACAUCAUCAUGUGAGCGGAACGAUGACUGCCAGUCCUGUCUGGCUACGAGGGACCUCUACUGUGGCUGGUGUGUCUUGGAAGGAAGAUGCUCCCGCAAACACGAGUGUCAGCGCCACCGUCAUGCCCAUCACUGGAUAUGGAGCUUUGAAUCGUCCAAUCAGUGCGUGUCGGUACAGAGCGUGCAGCCAGCCAAUCAAAGCAAAGACGAGCAGACUCAGGUGACGAUGUCCCUGCUCCAGCUCCCAGUCCUGUCAGUAGCAGAGUCCCUUUCCUGUGUCUUUCAACAUCUUCCUCCACAGUCAGCCGUCAUCACCGGAACUAGUAUUAGCUGUCAAUCCCCUGAACCGGGGCUUCUCCCACCUCUGCCCACAGGAAGCGAUCACGUGAUUGUGCCCGUGUCGCUGACAUUUGGUAAUGUGACCAUCAGCACGGCCAACAUAACCUUCUAUGACUGUGGAGCUGUCAGUCGACUCAACCAGACUUCCCAGUGUCUGGCAUGUGUCGUCAGUGUGUGGAAGUGUAACUGGUGUCCCCUGGACCAGCAAUGUACGCACCUCGACCAAUGUUCUAAUCAACACACCCCGCUCAACCAGAAAGAUUCUACUGGUCUAGGUCAGUGUCCUCAAGUUUUCGGACUUCAGAGUUCUGCCUUGGUUCCAGUGGGCCUGACAAGUAGUGUGGUUCUAAGGGCCCACAAUUUGGGCAUAUUCAAGGAUGAGGCGCCAUAUAUGUGUGUGGUGGAGAUCGAAGGCGUCCUAGUCAACCUGACAGCUAUUGCCCAGAAAGCCAAUGAUGGCACAUACUCUUUCACCUGCAGCUCCUACCAGUUUCAGUAUGCAGUGAGUCAGCUUGUUUAUUCUGCGCCUAUCUUUCUGAAGAGAGGAGCGAGGCGUAUCGAUACUUUACCUGGUCUUCAACUCCACUUGUACAACUGCUCAGCUGGCCAAUCGGAUUGCUCGCAGUGCCGUGCCGUGCCGAAGGAGUACGGAUGCGUGUGGUGCACGGGAAACUGCGUCUACAACCAAUCCUGUGUUGGCGUCCCUGCAGACAGCUGCCCACCUCCUCAGAUCUCACAGGUAAGCCCCCUUUCUGGCCCUCUGGAGGGCGGAGUCUUGGUGACCAUCAGUGGUUCCAACCUGGGGAUGAGCUACCAGGAUGUAGUGGGCGGAGUCACAGUGGCAGGUGUGCAGUGCCCUCCCCACCCUGAAGGUUACGAAAUAUCUACCAGGGUUGUGUGUAAACUGCAGGCCAGUGAGAAAAAGAUGACGGGACCUGUUGUUGUUACUGUGGGAACAAGCCCGCCAGGCAGGUCCAAGAGCAACUUCAGCUAUCAGGACCCACAAAUUCUGGCUGUGUUUCCUGACAGAGGCCCGCUUUCUGGAGGGAGCAGGUUAACAGUGAAAGGUCGACAGCUGCUGACAGGCCAGGCUUCCCAACUCCAAGUCUUUCUGGGAAGAAAGCCAUGCUACAUAGUGGAGCAGGUCAGCGACACCCUGCUGGUGUGUCAGACUCUCUCCACUAAUCAGACGGGCAGAGUUCCAAUCCGUGUGUUGUUCAGCAAGGCAGAGCGUUCUGUUCCUAACGUGACAUUCCGUUACGUCGACGACCCGGUCAUCACUGAAGCCGUGCCUACAGAGAGCUUCUAUGCAGGGGGGCGUGUCAUUGUGGUCAGUGGCCAAAACCUAGAUGUGGUGCAACAGCCAAUCAUGUCCGUGUGGGUAGAGCCUGUGGACGUCCAGAGAGUGAGACGCAGAAAACGCUUGGCUCUUCUUAGCACUAAGCAGCAAGUGGUCUUCAACGGCACCAUGACAACAGUGUCUGAGCACUGCUCUGUCCUGUCAUCCUCUCAAAUGACCUGUCCAACCCCUUCAGUUCCCCCAGAGGUUAAAGUGAAGGGUGUCUGGUUUCAGAUGGAUAAUGUCCGUAUCCAUUACAAAAGCCUCAAGGACAAGAGUUUCAGCUACUAUCCCAACCCACGCCUCUUUCCGCUCAACCGGGAUGCUCCAGAUGCUCCAUACCGCUUCAAAGCAGGGGGUGUAAUUGCAGUGGAGGGUGAGGACCUGACGCGAGCGAUGUCCAGACAGGAAGUAACUGCUCGCCUUGGAGACCAAGAGUGUGAGGUGAAAACCUUGGACAGCACUCACCUGUACUGUGAGCCUCCCGAAGUCCAACCAAAGAGUGUGGAUGACAGCAGUCGGCUGCCCCGUCUCCAGGUUUUAAUGGGUAACCUUCAGGUGGACUUGGGAAUGGUGCAAUACGACAGCGACUCUCUGCUACCUCCCAUUCCACUGGCUGCUCAGAUUGGAUUGGGGGCAGGAGCUGCCGUCAUCAUCCUAUCUGUGCUCAUCAUCAUCCUCAUGUACAGGAGGAAAAGCAAGCAGGCGUUGAGAGACUACAAGAAGGUUUUGUUGCAGUUGGAAACUUUGGAGAUCAAUGUGGGCGAUCAAUGUCGGAAAGAGUUCACUGACCUGAUGACAGAAAUGAUGGAUUUAAGCAGUGAUGUGGGAGGACCAGGCCUCCCCCUGCUAGACUAUCGCACGUAUGCAGAGAGAGUUUUCUUCCCCGGCCACCAAGCGGCACCGCUUAGCCGCCACCUUGACCUGCCAGAGUCCAGAAGACACACGGUGGAGCAGGGCCUCCAGCAGCUCAACAACCUGCUCAACAACAGACUUUUUCUCACAAGGUUCAUUCACACUCUUGAAGCACAGCAGGGCUUCUCACAGCGGGAUCGUGGCUACGUGGCAAGUCUCCUGACCAUGGUAUUGCAUGACAAGCUGGAGUAUUUCACGGAGGUCAUGAAGUGUUUGCUGCAAGAUCUGGUCCAGCAGUAUGUCGCCAAGAACCCCAAACUCAUGUUACGAAGGACAGAGACUGUUGUGGAGAAGAUGUUGACCAACUGGAUGUCCAUCUGCCUCUACUCCUUCCUGAAGGAAGUGGCAGGUGAGCCACUAUAUAUGCUGUACAGAGCCAUAAAGUAUCAGGUUGACAAAGGUCCAGUGGACGCCGUGACAGGAAAAGCCAAACGGACACUCAACGAUAGUCACCUGCUGCGAGAAGACGUCGAUUACUGCGCUGUGACUCUUAGUGUGUUGUUGAAGAAUGGAGCUGAAGUUCAACCCUGUCCUGUCAAAGUGCUCGACACUGACACCAUCACACAGGUGAAGGACAAGAUCCUGGAUCAAGUUUACAGAGGAGUUCCAUUCUCUCAAAGAGCAGCAGCAGACAGCUUGGAUUUGGAAUGGCGUUCGGGUCAGGCGGGACACCUGACCCUGUCAGAUGACGACGUCACAGCUGUGGUUCAAGGUAGCUGGAAACGACUCAACACACUGCAGCAUUACAAGGUUCCAGAUGGAGCCACGGUUGCUCUCGUCCCACGUUCCCAGAGUUCUAGUGGCUCUCGAGUCAAUCAGGUGUUCCAGACAGGAGAGAAAACACCAAUGCUGGAAAGUGAAGAAGAGGAGGGGCUUCGAUUGUGGCAUUUGGUAAAAAGCAGUGAAGAUCCGGAGAUUCCCAAACACAGGAAGAGCAGCAUGAGGGAGAGAGAGAGAGCCAAGGCCAUACCGGAGAUAUACCUGACCAGACUAUUGUCCAUGAAGGGGACUCUGCAGAAGUUUGUGGAUGACGUCUUUGUUGCCAUCCUGAGUACAAAGCGUCCUCCUCCCAUUGCUGUCAGAUUUUUUUUUGACUUCCUGGAUGACAUGGCCGAGAAACACGGUAUUGAUGAUCCGGAGACCGUCCACAUUUGGAAAACGAACAGUCUUCCUCUCAGGUUCUGGGUGAACAUCCUAAAGAACCCCCAGUUUGUGUUGGAUGUCCAAGUGACGGACAGCAUCGAUGCCGUACUGUCUGUCAUUGCUCAGACCUUCAUCGACUCGUGUACCACAUCCGAGCACAAAGUUGGGCGGGACUCUCCUGUCAACAAAUUGCUUUAUGCCCGGGAAAUUCCCCGAUAUAAACAGCUAGUAGAGAGGUAUUACAGCGACAUCCAUAGUGCUGCCUCCGGCUGUUACCAGGAGAUGAACUCCACUCUGACUGAACUGUCUGGGAGCUUCACUUCUGAGAUGAACAGUCUUGUUGCACUUCAUGAACUCUACAAGUAUAUCAACAAGUAUUAUGACCAGAUCGUCAUGUCUCUGGAAGAAGACAACUGUGGUCAGAAGAUGCAGUUGGCGUAUCGACUGCAGCAAGUCGCCGCACUGGUGGAGAACAAGGUCACUGAUCUCUGA